CACGCGUGUGAAUUAUAUCCUAUGUUACUAAUGCCUACGCACAGAAGUUAUAUGGAUUUUCUCCUCACUUCGUAUGUUUGCUACCAGUUCAAUCUCCCUCUGCCUGUCAUCGCUGCAGGUCUGGAUUUCCUUGGUCUACAAUUCCUCAGCAAACUCUUGAGAAACUCUGGGGCGUUCUUCAUCAGGCGUAGCUUUGGAGAAGACAGAUUGUACUGGGCUGUCUUUACAGAAUACGUUCAAAGCCUACUCUUAGGGGGCGAGGCUCCUCUGGAGUUUUUCUUGGAAGGUACACGCAGUAGGACAGCCAAAUCCUUGAAUCCCAAACUUGGUCUGUUACAAACGUCGCUGGAACUAUACUUCACUGGCCAGGUCCCGGAUGUUACUAUUGUGCCUAUUGCUAUCUCCUAUGAUCGAACCCUCGAGGAAACCUUGUAUGCUUAUGAACUCCUGGGAAUCCCGAAACCUAAAGAAUCAACUUCAGGCCUGAUGAAAGCUCGUAGCUUGCUCAAUGACAACUUCGGCUCUGUAUAUUUCAAUAUAAUAGAUCCAAUGUCAGUCCAAGAAUUCUGUGGGAAUGCUGUUGACAGGAGUCUACACAGUCUUGAACCAAGGUUAGCAUAA